AAGAAAAAAGAAAAACUCAAUUGUACCGCUAAAACUAUAUCUUUUUAUUUAUUGCAGAAUUUCGGUUUAUUUUUCAAGGUUCAAAUAACAAAAGAGCAUCAGACGUAGAAAUAUUUCCCUAUCACAUAAAUAUUCGAAACUAGAGCCUUAUCAAUAGCAUUCUUGGGGCUUAUAUAUCUACGCCUUGUGGGGGUCUAUUACGCUACAUUACAGUGUUCUCUUUAUAUCAAAAUCUAAAACAAAACCCGUAUAUUUUUCAUUUCUGGGACAUCUAUAUCUAUGCUGCGUGGGCCCAUCUUAGUCUGUUGAUCCGCGCGUCUGCCUCAUUUCCACGCUGUAUCUUAGGGCGGUAAAUUUUGGGGUAUAGAUGGACGUUUGCGUGUGUGAUAUUGUCCAGGCGGCAGACACUCCUGAUCUCCCUGCCAGUCUGUGUUGCCCGCCCGUCGCACAAAACUCUGCUCUCACCUCAUCCCAGUUCAAUGUCACAGCAAAUAGCUUCAUUUAGUGAGUCACUCAUAUUUAAACUUCAAAGGUCAGACCUCUAUUGAUGUAGGAUUCCUUUCCUGGCCGUCCUCUUUCCUUCGCUAUACGGGACUCCACACUUCCCUCUCCACAUGACGCUCUGCCUUACAAAUCUUUCAGUAUUCCUCGCCUCCGUCUUCUCUUUCAGUUAAACCUCCUAAGACUUGUGACUCCUUCCCUUUCCCUUGCUAGUCGGGCCUCCAUACGUUCUUCACUCGGACUCCGCGCAUCAUAGCUCGCAUCAUUCAUCGCCCUCAUCUUCCCUCUCCCAUAAAGUGUCUAGAUUUGUAUUUCCCGGACGAACAAGGAGUGUGCAGCAAAGAACGACAGCUGCCAAUGUCCUGUGCCGGCUCCCUCCCUCCCGUGUAAGCAAAACUGUGUAUCAUUAAUUAUUUGCUUUGAAAAACUACUUCAUCCGUAUAGAAAAGUAAAGGAAUGCCGUCCAUCCGCGGGCACCAGGGCGGGGCUGACAGGGACGGUGUGGGGCUGAGGGUGAAGAACCAUUGCCAUUCAGACUGCUCCAACGACUGUUCCAGCUGCUACAAGAUGACGCGCGCCGGGCACCCCUACGGCCCCCGGUGCCUGUGCAUCGACAAGGCCACUCCCUUGCCAAAACCAGUCAUGGGAGAGGAAAGAAAGAUUUACAAAGUCACAAAGCGUUACAAAGCGUUGUUGGUGGUCCUGGUGUUAGGCUUUUUCGCUGCUCCGGUGGUGCUCAACGCUGAUAUCCCGAAUCCCGCACCGUGCCUGGGGAAGGGCCUGCACGCACUAUGGUGGACCGCUCAACAAAUAACUUGGGCGAUGUUGUCAGCGCUCUCCUUUGUCUUCAAGGCCCUUUCCUGGCCAUGGAGAUUUGUGUGGACUGGAGGGAAGGAGCUGCCCUACCUCAUCCCGUGGCCCUCGGGAAGAGAUCUCCUCAUGCCGCUCAGAUUUGCAAAGGGCCAAGCAGAAAACCUUCACUACCUUAACACGUAUCUCCUCAAAAAAGCUGUUGCUGGGUCCGAGUGGCUGUGGAGGAAACGCAGCUAUGUGAAAAGAUCAGUUCAAGGUGUUGCUGGUCCCGCUAAGGACAGUCUUGUCAUAUUCAGGACAGUUUUUAGAAGGACGGAAAAAGCUGCAGCGUCUGCCGGCAAGAAGGGCUUUAUCAUGCAGUGGAAAGCUUCGAAAAAAAUUGCGAAAGGUUUCGUUUUGAUCGGUAGGAGGAGCUUCAUAAUUCCUUGGUGGAUGAUGAGAAAUAUUCCGAAAGGUUUUGCUCGUGGCACGAAGACAGCCGGGAAGACAGGCCUCACGUGGUCUAGACGGUCCUCUGCAAAGGUUAAGGAAGUUGCUGUUCCUGUCGCAAAGAAAAGUUUCAUACUACAGUGGAGGCUUUCGAAGAAGCUUGGUAAGAAGUCUGUGUCUGCCGCCGAGAAAGGCUCCGUUAUAUCAGUGUGGUUAGGGAAGCUUGCGAGAACUUCCAUUCAUGCUGCCGGGAAAAGUUUUAACAGCUCGUGGAGACUUGGGGCAAAGCUUGUGGUAGGUUCCACCUAUGUCACCAAGAAAGGCUUAGCCAUCGCCUGGAGAUUCUUCAGAAAUAUUCCGAAAACUUUGGCUCAUGAAACAAAGACAGCCGGCAAGAAAGGCUUUACACUGUCCAAAAGAUCAUCUGGAAGGGUUAAGGAAGUUUCUGUCCCUCUCGCCAAGAAGAGCAUCAUACUACCGUGGAGGUCUUCCAAGUACCUUGGUAAGAAGUCUGUUUCUGCUGGCAAGAAAGGCUUUACGCUGUCAAAAAGAUCUUCUAGAAAGGUUAAGGAAGUUUCUGCUCCCCUCGCCAAGAAAAGCUUCAUACUACCGUGGAGGUUUUCCAAGAGGCUUGGUAAGAAGUCUGUGUCUGCCGCCGAGAAAGGCUCCAUUCUGCCUAUGUGGUUAGGGAAUCUUGCGAGAACAUCCAUCCAUGCUGCCGGGAAAGGCUUCAGCAUACCCUGGCGGAUUUCGAAGAAGGGAUUGACACUCAUAGGUUCUGGCGCAAGGAAAGGUGUGGUUGCCUCCUGGAGAGUGCCGAAGAGAAUUGUAGAAAGCUUGGCUUUGACAGGAAAGAACACCGUCAUCCUUCCUUGGAAAAUCUUCAAUAAAGUUUCAAAUAAAUUGAGCACUGGUGCUGAGAAAGGCUUUUCCAAGUCCCGGAGGGCUUCGAAAAAGCUCGGGGAACAAUCUGUGUCUGCCGGCAAGAAAGGUCUCGUCCUGCCUUGGAGAUUUUCAAAAAGAACGAAAAAGCUCGGUGAAAAAUCUGCGUCUGUCGUCAAGAAAGGUCUCGUCAUGCCCUGGACACUUUCUAAACGAGGACGUAAAGACUUAGGCUCAGCGGCCAAAGAAGGCUUUGUCAUGCCGUUCAAGGCUGUAUCACGCUUAUGGGGACAUGGAAAGGCACAACCAAAGAAGUCAGUGUCCCCCGCCCAGAAAGCUGUCCUCGCCUCCUCGGAGCUCCUCAAGAAAGUGUUCGGAGGAUGGGUGCCGCCGAGCUACAUCUUGAUACACAUCCUGGUCGUCAUAUCCGUCGUCAACACUCUGCUGACUCUUGCGAUCCUGGUAAUGCUGAUCCUGGAAUACGCCGGAGUCAUCACCGUCCAGGAAUGGCAAGACUAACACUUUCUCUGUAUUACUAUGACAAA